UGUCAAGACUGUGGUCACAUGACUCACUUCCUGCAUAAACAAAGCUUGCCUGGGCUUCGUUCUGCUACUGGUGCUGGACGGCAAGAAUCCUUUCAAAAUGGCGCAAGCUGGGGUUUUCCUGGAGCAUGACCAGUUCAACUGUUCUAUAUGCCUGGAUGUCUUAAAGGACCCCGUGACUAUUCCAUGUGGACACAGCUACUGUAAAGGCUGCAUUAAAGGCUACUGGGACCAGGACGACUAUCUGGGGAUCUACGGCUGUCCUCAAUGCAGGCAGAGCUUCGCUCCCAGACCUUUGCUGGGCAGGAACACGAUGCUGGCUGAUGUGGUGGAGAAACUGAAGAAGACAGGACUGCAUGCUGGGCCGACCCCGUCCGAUCCCACCCAAGCUGAACCCGGGGAUGUUCAGUGUGAUGUGUGCUCUGGGAAGAAAAACAAAGCCUUUAAAUCCUGCCUGGUCUGUCUGGCGUCUUACUGCGAGACUCACCUUCAACCUCACUUCGAGUCUCCUGCCUUCCAGAAACACAAGCUGGUUUCUCCUUCGAAGAAGAUACAGGAACAGCUCUGCUCUCGGCAUGAUCGACUUCUAGAGGUGUUUUGCCGCACAGAUCAGCAGUGUAUUUGUUACCUUUGUUUGACGGAUGAACACAAAGGACAUGACACUGUUCUAGCUACAGCCGAGAUGAAUGAGAAAAAGAAUGCUCUGGCGGAGAUGCAGGUGGUUUCCCAGCAGAGGAUUCAGGAGAGAGAGAAGGAGCUGGCAGACCUGAGACAGGCUGCACAGAAACUCACUCUCUCCGCACAGUCAGCCCUUGAGGAGAGUGAGCGCAUCUUCACAGAGCUGGUGUGCUCUAUAGAGCGACGGCGCGCUGAAGUGAAGGAGCUGAUCCGGGGUCAGGAGAGGGCGGCAGUGAGCCAGGCUGAAGCACUUCUUCAACAACUGGAGCAGGAGAUAACAGAGCUGAAGAAAAGACACCGUGAAUUAGGAGAGCUCUCGCAAACAGAGGACCAUAUCGCCUUCCUUCAGAACUGCAAGUCUCUGUGUGCUCAGCCGGUUCCUGUAGACUUGCCAAACAUUACCUGUGACCCAAACUUUGGAACUGUGAUGGCGGUGGUGACGGAGUUUCAGGCUCUUCUCGAGGACGUCUGUCAGGGCGGAUUUGUCAAUAUCUCAGAGAAAGUGAGUGAUGUUAUUAUUAUUCAGAGCACUAAACCAAAGACAGAUUCAGACUCAAAUGAAGCUUUAGCACCGUUGUUUGGCCAGCCUGUACAGAUCCCUUUCACCGUCAGCGUCCCGACAAUUGGUGUGUUUCCAUUCUCGUCAUUUGGAUCGAGAACACAAGGUCCUCGUCAGAGACUACAGCCACGUAGGAGACGAAGGUAGCCUUAAGUGUGGCCUGAGUAUAAUUCAUUGAAGAGGCCAAAGUCGGUUUGACAGAGUGGUUUGGAAUAUGUACAUUUUCAUGGUAAAAAAUGUAAAGCUAUAUUAACCACAAACUCUUAUUACUAAAUAAGACGGAAAUGUAAAUGCAGAUGCGUUUCAGUGUCUACUGUCCAAGUCUCAAUGGUAUAAACUUUAAACUUACAGAAUGUUAAACUGUAUAUCUUAUAAUUACAGAUGUGCUUGGAGUGAAAGUUAGAAUAUUGUGUGUUCCAAACUUUUAUAGAGGCCAAAUUAUGCUCUUUUACAAAGUCUUGAUUGACUUUUUCAUGCUUAAUUUUCACAUAUUUGAUGUUGUUGUUGCAGCACCUCUCUUCCCAGUCUGUCAGUAACGCUCUGUUUAAUUCCUGUCUGUAUAAAGCCCCUCCUUCUGAAAAGCACAAUGUGCUCUGAUUGGUCGGCUUGACCAGUGUGUAGUGAUUGGUCAAGUGUCCUGCUCUUUUCCAAAACAGUGAGUUUUAACACACUAAUAACUAAUUCAACCAGGCCUCAUCCAUUUAUUCUGCGUAUGCCGCCUUGGGUGGGAAUUAUUUGAAUGAGUAAUAUAGUGACGUGUUCGUUCAGAAACAGUGACACUGAUAUUACAGCAACAUUACAGAUCAAAGAAAGUUGAGCAUGUAAAAAAGCAUAAUUGGUCCACUUUAAACUAAUUAUUACUUGUUGACUAAGCUAUGAUUAUAUUAUUUUCUUAAGUAUUAAUCAAACACAUUAUAUAGUGUGCUAUAUUGGUGUAAUUUAUCAGUGUUUAUCAACUGAUGACGUCUAUAUUCAUAGAAGUGUUAUUUUAGCUUCAUACGUCUGAACGGUAUUUGUGUGUAUUAAACAUUGUUUAAUUGCAAGUAUUUUUAAAAUUAUGGAACAAAAAAUCAUACAAAAUAAAGUUUUUACAAGUA